UAUAUAUUAUAUAUGUUAUACAAACAAUAUGCUAUGCGAUAUUCUAUAGCACAAUUCUCCACCAGCUUUUCUUCACAGUGCAUCGUCCAAUAAUAUUUUCUUGGUGUUUGCUUCGUAGUUUUGCGUGUCUGCUCCUCAAAUUCGUCCUAUUUUUAAAAGGGUUCUUUUCUUUUUAUCUGUUUUGUGGUUUUCUUGGAGUGUUCUUGCGUAAGAGGCUAGUUUUGAGUGUGAGCUCAAGAGGGUUUGUCUGUAAUUUGCUUCAGAUGUUAGCUAAGCAGUGAAUUUCUCAUGAUUUUGACAAGGCCCGUGAUGGAUAUUGAAAACUGGAGCCCUGACUAUCCUAUAAAGAAAGAAUCUUGGAGGACUGUACUGGCAUUGGCUUAUCAGAGUUUAGGUGUUGUGUAUGGGGAUUUAAGCACUUCACCGUUGUAUGUUUACAAGAGUACUUUUGCAGAGGACAUUCAACAUUCAGAAUCCAAUGAAGAAAUAUAUGGGGUUUUAUCUUUUGUCUUCUGGACAUUAACUCUGAUACCACUGCUCAAAUAUGUGUUCAUAGUGCUCAGAGCUGAUGAUAAUGGUGAAGGUGGGACGUUUGCUUUGUAUUCAUUGCUCUGCCGCCAUGCCCGGAUCAGCACUUUGCCCAACGGGCAGCUUGCCGAUGAGGAUUUGUAUGAGUACAAGAAAGAAGGAAUUGCAUCUAGUAGUAGGGGUCUUGGUUUGAGAUUGAGAUCAACAUUGGAGAAGCACAGAGUACUUCAAAGGAUAUUGCUCACUUUGGCUUUGAUUGGGACUUGUAUGGUGAUUGGUGAUGGAGUUCUUACGCCUGCCAUUUCGGUGUUUUCUGCAGUUUCGGGCUUAGAGCUUGUUGUGUCAAAGCAUCAUCACCAAUAUAUUGAGGUCCCUCUUGCCUGUAUAAUACUGGUGUUCCUAUUUUAUCUGCAGCACUACGGGACUCACCGAAUAGGGUUUCUUUUCGCACCAGUUGUGAUAACUUGGCUCUUCUGCAUCAGUGCCAUAGGAGUGUACAAUAUUUUCCAUUGGAAUCCCCACGUUUACAAGGCACUCUCCCCUUAUUACAUGUAUAAAUUCUUGAAGAAGACACAAAGAGGCGGCUGGAUGUCUUUAGGCGGGAUUUUGUUAUGUAUAACAGGUUCGGAAGCUAUGUUUGCUGAUCUUGGACACUUUUCGCAAUUGUCCAUCAAGAUUGCUUUUAGCUUUGUGGUCUAUCCGUCGUUAAUCCUUGCUUAUAUGGGACAAGCUGCUUAUCUCUCAAAGCAUCACAUAAUUGAAAAUGACUACCAGAUUGGGUUCUAUGUAUCAGUUCCCGAAAAGCUAAGAUUGCCGGUUCUUGCAAUUGCUAUACUUGCUGCAGUUGUGGGAAGCCAAGCCAUCAUUACGGGGACAUUUUCUAUCAUCAAGCAAUGUUGCGCCUUAGGUUGCUUUCCAAGGGUCAAAAUUGUACACACGUCGUCUAAAAUAUGUGGCCAGAUUUACAUUCCUGAAAUCAACUGGACUCUAAUGCUGCUUUGUUUGGCUGUUACCAUUGGCUUCAGGAAUGCAAAACACAUCAGCAAUGCAUCAGGUCUGGCCGUCAUAACCGUUAUGUUGGUCACGACAUGCCUUAUGUCUCUCGUCAUUGUCCUAUGCUGGAACAGAAGUGUUGUCCUUGCACUUUCUUUCUUAUUCUUCUUCGGUUCGAUCGAAGCACUCUACUUCUCCGCCUCCCUGAUCAAGUUCCUUGAAGGCGCUUGGGUCCCUGUUGCCCUUUCAUUCAUUUUCCUCAUUAUAAUGUUCAUCUGGCAUUAUGGAACAAUGAAGAAGUAUGAGUUUGAUGUACAGAACAAGGUUUCCCUCAACUGGCUUCUGAGUUUGGGCCCCAACAUCGGCAUCGUGCGUGUCCGAGGCAUUGGCCUCAUACACACUGACCUCAUCUCCGGUAUCCCCGCCAUCUUCUCCCAUUUCGUCACCAAUCUCCCUGCUUUCCAUCAGGUUUUGGUUUUGUUCUGCAUCAAAUACGUCCCGGUGCCUCAUGUCAAACCUGAGGAGAGAUUCCUGGUUGGGAGAAUUGGGCCGAAAGAAUACCGAGUUUAUCGAUGUAUAGCCCGAUAUGGGUACCAUGACGUUCUCUUGGAUGACGUCGAGUUUGAAAAGGAUCUUGUUUGCAGUAUAGUGGAGUUUAUCCGGUCGGAGGGGCCAGAAAGCAGCCGUUCAUCAAACAACACUGAGAAUGAAGCAAAGAUGGCUGUCAUCGGGACCCCAUCAACACAUGCAAGAGGCAUCAAGAUGUGGGACGACGAAGAUUCCACCGAGCUAAAGGAAGUCAACUCUCCGGAGGUCCCAAGGAAGAGAGUAAGGUUUCUCGUACCCGAAAGCCCACAAAUCGAUAGAGAAGCACGGGCGGAGCUGCAGGAACUGAUGGAAGCACGAGAGGCCGGGAUGGCAUUUAUACUGGGGCAUUGUUACGUGAAAGCCAAGACAGGUUCGAGUUUGAUCAAGAGAAUCGUGAUUAAUUUCGGGUACGACUUCUUGAGGAGGAACUCGAGAGAGCCUAGCUAUGCAUCGAGUUUCCCUCGUGCAUCCACUCUAGAGGUGGGAAUGAUUUACCAUGUAUGACAGAUAGUGUAAAUGAUGCUGUGUGUUUGUAGUUAUUUGGUGGAAUGUAAACACGACUUUGGCAUCUUCUAUACCAGACAAAUCAAAGUAAGUGUA